AUGGAUGCCAUAAAAUGUGGAGGAUUCUCGAAGGUGAAAGACGCUGAUGAGGAAAUUCAGACAAUCUGUGAUGAGGUUAAGUGUCAAGUAGAGGAAAAAAGAAAUGAAGCAUAUGCCGUGUUCAAAGCUGUUCAGUACAAGAGUCAAGUGGUGCAAGGAAUCAACUAUGUUAUCAAGGUUAAUGUGGGAGGAUCCAGCUACCUUCAUCUGCGGGUCUGGAAGAAGCUUCCAUGUUAUGGAGGAGAAGCUGUAGUUACUGGUGUGGAAGAUCAUCAUGACAAAGAUCCCAUCUAA